AGUUUUCUACAGAUAUUGAUGAAUGCGCACUACAAAAUUACUGCAAUGGGACAUGUCAAAAUUCUUUUGGAAACUUCACAUGCUCAACUUGCCCACAUAGACAAGAGUUUGAUCCGAUAAAAAGGCAGUGUGUUACAUCAGCGAAGCAACACAAUAUUAUUUUGGGUAUUGCAACUGGAACUGGAUGUGGCCUUGGAUCCAUAAUUAUUGCAGUCUGUGUAGUUGUAUUUGCCAACAAGUGGAAGAAAGGCAUCCAGAAGAGAAUCCGACAAGCACACUUCAAGAAAAAUCAAGGCCUACUCUUGCAGCAGUUGAUAUCAGAUGAAAGCGCCACAAACAAAACAACGAUAUUCUCCUUAGAGGAACUAGAGAAGGCAACCAACAACUUUGAGGCCACUCGUGUUCUUGGUCGUGGAGGACACGGUACAGUUUACAAAGGGAUUCUAUCUGACCAACGGGUGGUGGCUAUUAAAAAAUCCAAAAUUGUGGAGCAGACUGAGAUAGACCAGUUUAUCAAUGAGGUUGCUAUCUUAUCUCAAAUCAUUCACCGCAAUGUGGUAAAGCUAUUUGGUUGUUGCCUCGAAUCUGAGGUGCCUUUGCUGGUGUACGAGUUUAUAUCUAAUGGUACAUUGCAUGACCUUCUUCACAUUGAUGUUACUGCCAAAUGUGUGCUGUCAUGGGAUGAUCGCAUUAGGAUUGCUGUAGAAGCAGCAGGGGCACUUGCUUAUCUACACUCGGCUGCUGCAAUACCGAUUUUCCAUAGAGACGUAAAAUCGUCUAACAUACUAAUGGAUAGCAGCUUCGCUACGAAGGUUUCUGACUUUGGUGCUUCAAGGUCUCUUUCCCUCGAUGAGACUCAUGUGGUGACUAUUGUCCAAGGAACAUUUGGUUACCUAGAUCCAGAGUAUUACCAUACCGGGCAGCUAACUGAAAAGAGUGAUGUCUAUAGUUUUGGAGUAAUACUUGUGGAACUUUUGACAAGAAGAAAGCCAAUUUUUAUCAAUGAUCUUGGUGGAAAACAAAACUUGUCCCAUUAUUUCGUGGAAGGAUUGCAACAGGGAGCAAUCAUGGAAAUAAUGGAUCCUCAGGUUGUCAACGAGGCAAACCCGGAAGAGAUUGAUGAUAUUUUCUCACUUGCGGAAGCAUGCCUGAGACUCAAAGGAAGAGAUAGACCUACUAUGAAAGAAGUAGAUAUGAGGUUGCAAUUCCUGAGAACUAAGAGGCCAAGAAAAUGCGAGAUUCUCCCAGCUAGUGAUGAGGAGAUUGAGCCUUUUUUAUGCCCAAAGGUUGGUAAUUCUGAUGCACCAAUGAAUGCUAUCAAUGCUGGUAAUUCAACAUCAAAAGGCACCUCCAGUUGCUACAGUCUCGAGCAAGAACUCUCAUCGUCGGUCACUUGGCCACGCUAACUACAUAUGUGCAAUACUACAAUCGCAUCCUUCCUAGUAUUCAUUUGAAUUACCAUUUAUUUUCUAUGGAUUUAUAUUAAGUUACAUAUAGUUCACAUUAGAAAAGAUUAUGUAAUGUAGUUUAGCUUCUGUAUAUUUGCAAAAUUUAUUUGUAGCUCAUGUCAGUUGUGUACAAUUGCAUUGCAAUUAUUUGCAAUGAAUAUGCCUGCAAUGAAUAACUUAAGGUA